AUGAGUUACCCGCAAGAAAGCUUCGUCACGACCACAUUCGCACCGGGAUCUUUCUGGGCGCGCCGUCGCGAUGUAGUCCGGACACAAACGCUGAAACAUCAGCUUCAUAUGCUGAAACGCACAGGGCGUUAUGAUGCGUUCAAAUUGCAAUGGCACCCAAGCUACUCAGACCCUCCCAACGUGUGGCCAAUUCCCAAUCACCAGUUCUGGGACUCAGACAUAGCCAAGUGGAUUGAGGGCGCAUGCUACCUGCUGAUGGACCAGUUUGACGCGGAAAUUGACUUGGCUGUGAAAGAGCUGGUGCAGAUGAUUCAAUCUGCCCAGCAUCCGGAUGGAUACCUGAAUAUCCAUUAUUCUGUCGUCGAGCCGGGGAAGCGCUUUACAAAUUUGCGAGAUAUGCACGAGCUGUACAAUGCAGGGCAUCUUAUUGAGGGCGCACUCGCCCACCGUCUGUACUAUAAGAACGAUGAAAUGAUGGCCCCGAUUCUGAAGUAUGUGGAUCUUCUCGCGGAGAAAUUCGGUGACCAAGACGGCCAAAUCCCAGGCUAUCCUGGCCACCCGGAGAUCGAGCUGGCGCUGCUUCGCCUGCAUAGUGUCUCGGGAGAUCCAAAACAUCUUCGAUUAGCCCGAUUCUUUAUAGAAGAGAGAGGAAACCCGGCUGGGGGAAAGGAAAAGCGACACUACUACGACGUGGAAUCUGAAGCGCGAGGCGAGAAAGAAACCGAGCUGCCCAUGUAUUACCCGGCAGUCAGAAGCUACUGGUACGAGCGGAAUAUCGUCAAGCAAGAAACGAUCGAGGGACACUCGGUCCGUGCCAUGUACCUUCUUACCGCAGUGGCAGACCUAGUCCGAAUCUGCCAGCCAGAGAGCGACUUUGGAACUACAUUCUUGCCCGCGGUGCAUCGACUCUGGUCUAACAUGAUAGAAAAGAAAUCCUAUGUGACCGGCGGGAUUGGAGCUAUGAAGCAGUGGGAGGGCUUUGGUAUCGAUUACUUCUUGCCCCAGGGCACGGACGAGGGUGGCUGCUACGCGGAGACAUGCGCCGCGAUCGGAGUCAUGAUGCUCGCUGAGCGCAUGUUGCAGUUCGAGCUCGACAGCCACUACGCCGAUAUCAUGGAGCUCUGUCUCUACAAUGCCGUCUUAACUGGCAUGAGCCUCGAUGGGAAGGCGUUCACCUAUGUGAAUCAGUUGGCCUCCUCCGAUAAGGAUCUCUCGCGGCGCCAUGAAUGGUUCGAAUGCGCUUGCUGUCCGCCGAAUGUCACCCGAACGCUCGGCGCUGUAGUCAAUGUGCAUCUGUAUACCGCGGCCACUCUGCGCUUUGAGGUCUCAGGAUCGAACGUCGAAAUUGUGCAGAAGACAGACUGGCCGUGGGAUGGCGAGGUGGACUUUAACGUCCAAGUGGAGGGACCUCCAGUCGAUCUCCAAGUGCGACUAAGGAUUCCCGGAUGGGCGGGAGAAACAUGGGAAAUCUUACCUCAACCUGAUGCGCUUGAUGUCCGACAUGGAUAUCUGCAUCUGAGCGCUGCGUGGCUGCACCAACACCCACAGUUCCGCCUAAGUUGUCCCAUGCGGCCACGAGUGGUUCAGCCACACCCACUGGCCAUGCAGCCCGUGGCAUACAUCACACGGGGCCCGAUCGUGUACUGCGUGGAGGACGCUGAUCACCCGUGGGAGCAGCGUCAUUUCAAGGUCAGUGUGGUGUCUGUCCGGAAUGCCGACGGAAGAGAAGCUGACGAUGAGACGCAGAUGACGAUGUUCGAUCUUAGGGCACCUUUGCACGAGGAAUCCCGGGCUCAGCCGGACCAGCACGUGGCCAUCAUAGCUGAAAACGGGGCCCAGGGCGACCUCGACACGUCGCCCUGGAGCCGGCAGAUCGUCGCAGAGCCCGGGCGAGCGGUGGGAAAGAAACGCGACCUGUGUUUUGUGCCGUACUACUUGCGGGCAAACCGAGGAGGGAAGGGGCAGAUGAGGGUUGGGCUGCGCAUAGGUAGAAUAGAAUAG